AGGUGUGUAGUGCUUUGUAACUUUAAACAUUUUGAAGUUUACAUUACUAUAUAAUAAGUGUCAGUGUGAACAGUUCGAGCUGCCAUGAGUGACGGAGGAGGGUUGACAUUGCUGGCGACUUACCAGUCGUCUGAUAGCAGCGGCGAGGAGGAUUCUUUGAGUCCGCCGCCUAACAAAGCAAGAAAGGUACACCCACCGUCAGAACUACAAACCAAGACUCCGAGGGCUUCGAAAGUAGCUUUGCCUUUACCUGCUGAUGUCCUUAACUUGUACGGCGACCGCAUUGAUCCAUUUGGUUGGGAAGACGACUCGUCAAAACAUGAUGGCAGAGUCAGAGCCUUUGCUCACGGACCUGGUGUCUGGGCGAGUUACAUCUAUGUUCCAGCUUCGAGCUCCCAAAAUUUGCACGGAUUGAUUGAUAGGCUUUGUGAUGGAUUGGACUACCUGAAGCCAAAUAAUGUGGAGUCCUGCCACGUUAGUCUAUCCAAAACGGUCAAGCUCCAGUACCACUGGAUUCAGCCAAUUGCUCACCGUCUGCGUGAAAAGUUGACCCCUUUCUCUCAGUUUCCAUUGUACCUGGGUUCUCUGGAGGUGUACACAAAUGAGGAAGGUACCCGAACUUUCCUUGGACUGAAAGCUCUUGCUGGAGAGAAAACAUUAAAGGACAUGGUAACAGAAGUGGAUGCAUGCCUAGAAGAGUACGAACUUCCAACCUUUUAUGAUCCACCGUCGUUCCACAUGAGCCUUGCAUGGUGUGAUGCCAAGCACGAAACCACACUGGAACGAAUACUUCCUGACCUGGUUGUCAAGAUGGAGUUGUAUGCACGCAGGUUCCCGGCAGUUAACAUGACAUACGUGAACACAAUUUGUUUUCGAGCAGGAAAUAAGCUGUUUGAGUUUGGUUUGUCCUCCCAUGUGGGAACAUUAUGACACUGAAAUCUUGUUGAUGCUUUAGCGAUGAAAAGAAUAAAUGAGGUGUCUAAUUCAA